AUGGACGCUCUGGUUCAGUCCGCGCAGAACUACGCGGCUUCGGCGUCUGCGGCGCUUGCGGCACUUGCUCGCGUGAUGCCGCGGUCGAUGACUGUGGCGAAAUAUCUGGCGGUCUUGCUUGCGCUCGCGAACCUGCGCUCUGCGCCUUUUGCAUGGCACACACGCGUAUGGUGGCCUGUCAUUGUUCUACAGGCGCGAUUCCAGCUCUUCCGGCUUUCUAUCCUGCUCAAGUCGAAGAAAGAGAAGAGAGAGGCGAUUCACCGAUGGGUCGAGGCGCUGGCUCCGGUGGGUUCGAACCCGUUCACGCGCCAGUAUGUCUACAAGUCUUGGGCAGACUUCUCCGAUUCGGAUUAUAACAUGCACUUGAGUAAUUCGUCGUAUCCCAAGAACCUUGACUGUGCGCGCAUGCGCUCGGCGUUGGACUACUUCCCCGGCUAUAUGACGGCUGGCGGAGGUAUCGCUCUUGCUGCAACCCACUUCCAGUUCUUGAAAGAGAUCCCUAUCCUCUCCUCGUACGAAAUCCGGAUGUCUCUCGUAGCGUGGGACCAGAAAUGGAUCUUUCUCAUCGCACGAUACGUGACGCACCCUGCGAAGAAGCUGAAGAAAAGUCGGCCGGCCGAGCGCGGACAUCCGACCGACGGCGCACCUAUCCCUGACAUAUCUACACCCGCCAGCGGAGUCGAUACACCCGCGCCUGGUUCCGCGACGCCCAUGCCGGGAAAUGAUGGGCCCGAGACAGCGGCUAUGAAGUCCGUGACUGCGAACGUGCCUCAGGUUGAGGCCGACGGCGCGGUCGUGAACUGCAUCUGUGUCAACCAGCUCGUCUUCAAGCACGGCCGCAUCACUGUUCCGCCGUCGCUGGUCCUUGCGUACGACGGCUUCUGCAUGCCCUCUGGGUCCACCGUCUUCGAGGAGAAGUUCUCGCCCGCCAAUCCUCCGCCCCACUGGAAGCAUGUCCAGGAGCUCCGGCGCAAGGGCCUCAAAGCCGAGCGCGAGUUCUUGCGCGGCGGAUGGAAACUUGUGCCGGAGGGUGAACGCUGGUGGGAGCAGGCUCUUGAGGGGAGUGAAGAGCUUCGCAAGGUUAACCUCGAUCGUGUCAAGGGCGUGCGGGAAGGUAUAGAGGGUGCCCGUGUCAUCGCGACCGAUCUCUUUUCUCUCUGA